UUUAUGCACUGUCGGAUAUGGUGACAUGGUACCUGAAACGUGGCAAGGGAAGGUGAUUGCAUCAUUUUGUGCACUACUCGGAAUCUCAUUCUUUGCAUUGCCCGCUGGAAUAUUGGGCAGUGGUUUUGCAUUGAAAGUACAACAACAACAGCGACAAAAGCAUAUGAUUCGACGACGACAACCAGCCGCCACGUUAAUUCAGUCCCUGUGGCGAUGCUAUGCCGCCGAUGAAGCUUCUAUGAGCACUGCAACGUGGAAAAUUCAUCAAGUGCCAUUACCCUCACCACCUCCAUCCUUUCGGGGGCAAAAGAUUUACCUGUUAGCACGGCGUUACCCAAGCGCAUCAGAAAGCUCGAAAUUGGAACCACCAAAAGAGUUGACAGCCAGCACAAGCGCUAUACGCGCAUCUUCUAGUUUUAAGCAUAAUGCAUCGUUUGUGGCCCGUCUACCGACCAUAAGAAGGCACAAAAGUCAAUCGUUACAUUCACCAGCCGGAAAUUCGAAACCGCCGACUGCAUCCACCCGUGGACGAAUGCCUCAACGAACUAUGGCCGAAAUGAAUGCUUCCGCCGAAAAUUUAGAAGUUACUAAUAAUGGUCGACCCAUGAAUCCAAGUUUGAGCGAAGAUUCGGUUGCUGACACAGCGAUAUCAAAGCGAAAUUCAGAUGAUGAGGAUGAUGAGCCGCGUUGUGUUCAACUGACCAAUCAACACAAAACUGCGAUACGUUUUAUAAGAAAGCUGAAAUACUUCUUGGCACGUAAAAAAUUUCGUGAAGCACUCAAGCCGUAUGAUGUGAAAGAUGUCAUGGAACAAUAUUCCUCUGGUCAUGCGGACUUAUUAAAUCGUGUUAGGAAUUUACAGUUUAGAUUAGAUCAAAUUCUUGGAAAACAAGGAUCUAAGGCGAAGGACGUGUACGCAUCGAAAAUCAGUUUAGCAUCGCGUGUUGUCAAAGUUGAACGAUCAGUUGUCGAUAUUGAGGAGAAACUAGAUAUGCUAUUGAAAACAUAUAUGGCAGAUCGUGAUCGGCUUUUAGCUCUUCCAUUAGUUCCUGAAAAUAAUUCACAUUCCAGUAAUUUUAAGAACAAUCCACCAGCGCCGCCGCCACCGCCUGCUCCUGGUGUUGCAGGCAUACUAACAUCGUCCAAUUCAGUGCCGAAACCUAUUCUAAUAGAAAAACAAUUCUCGGAACCGAAUUCACCGAUUUCGAAGACUUUCGAAUCAUCGAUUGAACAAGAAAUGCAACAACAAUCGAAUGCACAAGAAUUAUACGCAGCCGAACAACAUUCACAACAAUCACAGCAUCAUCAUCAGCAGCACCAACUACACAAAAGACCACCAAUGCAACGAGGUUAUUCGGAUCUAGGUAAUCGCAUUAAAAAACGAGUCACCUUGAGUUCGAUUCCAUCACAAUACGUUGACAAUAAUUCCAUUCCGCAUGACGGUAGCGGUGACGUUGUGAUUGUGGUGCCAGCCAUCGAUAGUGAUGGUAAAGGGGAUUCAAUAUUGGUUAGUCGCUUGCCGCACGAACAUUCGGUUUGCAUUGAUCCCGAAGAAGCUGACAUGAUGGAGCCGAACAGUCCAAAGACAAUAACCGAAAGCUCAAUUGUGAUGGUGGACGAAGGCGAAGAGGAGGAAAUUGAAGAAAAUGAUUUGGAUUGUGAGGGUGAAUUGGGUGAUAUGGAUGUGGAAACGCCACCAUGGAAUUUUUACGGAGACGAAGAUAUUGACUGUGAUGAUGAAAUUGAUGAUCAAGAAGACACAGCAUUGCUACGUGCAUCGGCUGCAACUCAGAUUGUGAUAACGCCUAUGAGUCCGGUGAGCUCGAAUGUAGAUUUAGCCCGAAUGAGCAGUGAAAUUGCUGGUAAUAGUGGUCGAAAUACAAUGAGCAUAACAGAUGCAUCGACCCCAAUGUUGACAAACAUCCGAACCAUGGACCUAUUAAAACCGGAAGCAUCGUCAUCGACACGACUUUUGCAACCGGAUACCAUGUAAAUUUUACCAUCUUCAAAUACAAACAUACGAUUUAAUAAUGUGCGAUAUGCUUCAAAUAUCGAACGAACGUUAUAACCUGUGCGAGAUUGUGACAUUUUAAUCGAUUACCGGAUAACAAUCAACGAGAUCAAAUUUGUUUAUUUAAUUAUGCAAUAAACGAAAACAAACAUGAAAACAAGAAAAUCAACGGAAAUAAAACGAUCGAAAACGACAAUUGAAAUGCCUCGAAGCUGCACAUACACAUACACACAGCUCCAUUGAUUUUCGAAGUUUAAAUGCAAGCUAAUUUAAAAUCAAUUUUCUCUUAAUGUCACGCCCAUGUAUCUUCGAUUCGAUAAAAUUAAGAAAUCAAAAUGGAAAGAAAACAUCUGAUACUUUAAAUGAUUAUGACAUUAGUUUAACUAGAUAUGCAAACAAAAAAGGCGCAUUGUUUAAAUUAGAAAACGAAUUAUAGACUUUUAUGUAAAAGAAAGAAUAUUUGUUAAAUUUUAAUGCUGACGUAAUGAAGGUCAAUUGUUAAAAAUGGCAUGGACCUUGACUAUCCGAUUUAAAUCUAAAUUUAUUAAAUCGAAUGACGUUUUCUUUUCUGUUUUCUUGGAUCAACUAGAGUGACAAUGAAAAUCGAAAAUAUCUUGUGAAUCCGUACCUUCCUGUCAAUUCGAUUUGAUAUCAUCUUUCAAUCUAUUUCUCAAUUUUUAAUUUUAUAUCCAUACCAAUUGCUUGUCUUUAUUGUUACGCAAAUAAAGAAAUGAUCUUAUUGCUAUAUUAAUAUUGAUAUAGAGAAAAGUUUAUUUAGGGGUUGAAUUGAUUCAGUGUACAAAUUACUGUGGAUUUGAGCGUAAUUCAAGUGAAAAAAAAAUAAAAUAAAAAAUAAAUCUAAAAUAAAAUAUUUAUGGUUUCAUACACAUCAUAUAUAUAUAGAAUCGCUUAUUGGGUCGACAUGUAAUAGGGUAUAUGUACCACGUAAGCAAAUCGAAGUAGAUAAAAGAGAGUAAAAGAAAUCCCAUCCUAUUUAAUUUUAACCAGAAACAAAGAUGAACAAAAACAAAAACAUAGUUACAAUAAAAGCAGAGCUCAUUUUUUGAUGCAACUAUACACGAAAAACUAGCUUUACAACAGACCUUCUGUCUUGGAAUAUAAGACUCUACUAUGCUCGAAUAAAUCACACAGACACACAGAUAUAUUUCAAAAUGAUUUUCCGACUUGUAAACCAAAAGCCACGCAACACCAACAGUCAUAUCAAGUGGAAUGGCUGAGGGAGAGAGAGAGAGAAGAGAGAGACAAACUUUCAAACAGUUUCUUCGGCAAUAGUGAGAAUAAAUAAUGAACAGAAAUGUGAUAUAUAUGCAAAACAAACUCCAUUUCCGCAAAUGUUGCGACAAAAAGAAACCAAAUGGCUAACAAUUUGCACACUAUUUAGACACCAACGAACACAACAAUCUCAGCAAUAUGGCAACAUGUAAAAGUUCAGCAAAUCAAAUCCCAAAGAAAAAUAUUGAAGUAACUUUUAUUCGGAUCAUAAUUCAUUGAAGAUGAAGAGAAAAAAAACGAGAUGAGCAUGUUGUUUGUACUCAAUUUGUUGUUACUUACGUUGAAGGAAAUUGAUUGUGUCAUCUUCAACUUCGCAUUCAAUUCACUAUAAGCAAAAGAAUUGCAUUUACAUUUCGAAAAACUAAUCAUUUUAAAGUAAAAAGAAAUUGUUAAAUAUGCAAACAUAGUUCCGGUCAAAAAGAAAUUCACUCAUGUAUACAUUCAAUUUUCGUCUGGGAAAGUUUCGGGAAUACCAACUUUGCAAAAUUUAUAGACAAAAGGAAAUAAUAUAUAUAUUUAAUGGUCAAUUUUGAUCAAAAAUCAUUAAACAAAAAGUUGAAAAGUUGUUAAAUUUCUUUUUCUACAAUAUUAAGAAUGGUACGAUGGCGUUAAAUUAUCUUUUGUAUUUCGAUUGAUCGAACUGCUAAUCUUCCGUCGAUAAAACACUUCCAUACAAAAUGGUAACCGGAAAACCAUCCAAAAAAACCAAAAGUUUGAAAAACAAAAUGCAAAACCGAACAAUGAUAAAUUGGCCUGUGUUCCCAGUUUCAUUUCGGUCUAUAAUUCAGUGAGAGCGAUUAUAAUCAGAAACUUUUUGAAUUUUAUUCCAAUUUAUGGUGUUUUGUGAAAAAAAAAAUCUUGUUAAGUGUGACCGAAGACAUGUUUGAUGAAAUUGUUUGUACUUAAAAAGAAUGAACCGAGUGUCAUCUGUUCGAUUUUAUGUCUAAAUGUGUAAGAAUUUAAUGCCAAUUGGACUUUUUUUUAAAUUCAAAAUCUGAACCAAAACGACUUUAAUGGGACUAAAAUUCAGUGCUUCGGAAAUUCAGCGGGCUUUCUCUUCCUUUUCGAAAAAUGUUGUUUUUUUAUACAAAUACUACUUAAGAUCUUUCUCUGCGCAUCUGAGCAUAAAAUAAAACGUUUUUAUUUUUCAAUGAUUGAACAUGUUGAAGGAAUAAAUCAGGUUAAAUAUCAGGAUGCAAGUAAAAGGGAUCAAAAUCAUUUCAAAACACAUUAAUUUAUUUUCACCAACAUUCCACAACAAACAAAUAAAUGAAAAGAAAACCCAAAAAACGAAUUGUUUUCGUGUCAUCUUUGCUUAAUAUGUAUUUUAAUUUAAAUAACAUACAUGAACAAUGAAAUGGAAAACGUGAACAACGCAUUUGUUGUAUAUAUUUCAUCCCAAUUAGAAAUUAGAAUGCAAUUAGCUAUAGUAGUCAUAAACAAAUAAAAAUUCGAGUAUAAAUGUUAUGAACGGAAAAAAAAAUUAAUACAAAUAAUAAAUUGAUUGCAUCAGUUGGUUUUGCGGACCCAUCAAAAACACAUGUGUACAAUUAGGGUGUUUCCCAUAUCUGUAAAUAGAAAAAUGGUAUUUAUUAAUUCAAAGUAGGCAAAAUUCUAUGAUAGUUAAUGGCAUUUAUACAACGAAGCGAUUGAUGUUAGCACUUCCCGAAGCGAAAAACAAUUGUCACAUCUAAAUGUAUAAAUGCAAUCGAAUAGUGAAAAAUACACACAGAUAAACAGUGCCUUGGUAGUACUUCUUCGAAAUGCUGAGACACAACAGUCAGUCUCAGUUAGUGUAACAAAAUUACAAUAUUAAUUUUAAAUUAAUUUUCGAGUUAAAAUGGUGAUUGGUAAUGCUUAGGCUGCUGAUUAUGUCUCUGCAAUGUUACCGGGAUAUCCAGUCCAAACAGGUCACAAUGUCCUAUAAAAAAUACAAAUGUCAUUUAACACAGACCUAACGCAUCUAUAAUUUGCAAAUGCCUUUGAUGAGAAUGCAUUUGGCGGCCACGAUAUCACGAUCCCAAGUUGUCUGAUGCACAAUCAUUGGUUGGUGAUCGUCAUCGAUUUCCGUCACACAUUCAUCAUCGACUGCAUACGGUUGUUGAGCGACCUCUCCAUCGAUUUCCGCUGCAUUUUCAUCAUCGACUGCAUGUGGUUGUUGAUCAACAUUAACGUCAGCAUAUUCCAAUACACCACUCACUGCGUUUACUUGCCAGUUUUGGAUACACGGCCACCUUAGACAGUAAACGAUCAGCUAUAAUAUCGAAAUCAUGCUCAGUCAUUUCACCAGAUUGCCUUCAAUAUAAACUUUGUUAUCCGAUGGCGAAGGUAAUCAGUCCAAAGUGUACCAAGCGGUGAUGGCAUUCGGCCGAUACUGAUUCACCAUUGCUGACAUAGUAUAGUGAAACUCUUUUUCUUCAAUAUUCGAUUGAUUUUGCCUUUCGCUGAUAAUCUGACGAUGGAACAAUAGACACUAUCAAUCGCUUCGUUAUAUGAAUGCCAUUAAAUAAUAUAGAAUUCUGUGUUCUUUGAAUUCAAAAGUACCAUUUUCUCAUUUGAUAUCAGAUAUGAGAAACACAUGUGUACAUACAUUUGUUGUAUUUGCUGCAGCAUUUUUUUGAAGAAAAAAAAACACUUUUUUGUUCAAAUAAGAUGAUUCAAAAAUUUUGCUUCUGCGGUAGUCCAUUUUCGGUUUUCUUUUUUCCUUAAAAAUAUCUUGUUUAAGACCAAAAUUUUACUCCAGUCUCAAUAUUUGUACAACAAUACAUUGUGCGAUUCAU